UGUAUAGCCACUCUUGGCUGGCCACGACGUCGGAAUGCGGUGUCGCGCGUCAAUCAAAAGCAUGUUAUAUUUGGCCAUCGACUAUCCGACGACACUUGAAUUACAGCACUAAAUACCUGGGUUUAUGAGUACGUCAGUCAUCCAUCUACCUCUUUCUACUUAUUCUAUGAAAUGCGUAGGGCACGACUCCAGUCCUCGUUCUUGCUACCGUGUUUCAAGCAUCGAAAGUUAUUUUUCGGGGCUCAAGUAAACUUGCGAAUGGAAGAAUCCGAUGUCGGCGUAGUGUCAAUGUCAAUGAUCACGAACAGCCUUGCGGCAGGUUUGUGAUAUUGUCCAGGAGUAUUUCGUUGAUUGGGCUAUAAUGUAUUGAUCGAUUCUCACCGGGUCAGCGUUAUCUAGGACGCAAGUUCCCCUCACCUUGAGUUUGCCCCGAUUCCCUUUUUCAAGAUAUCCCUUGACUGCACCUGCGUCUCUUCCUCAUUCCUUGAGUAUGCACUUCGUUCGCUUCUUUGCGUAUAUUGCUCCUUGUCUCUCUGUUGCGCGUGCCACGUUCAGUGUGACUGUUGGGACUCCCACUCAGUGCGACCCUCUCACUGUUUCAUGGACUGGUGGGCAAGCACCAUUUGAGAUACUCUUAACUCCCUCUUAUCAAAUGUAUUGGAAUUAUUCUGUACCAUCAUCGACCUUCACCAAUGGCAAAGGCUCUUAUUCAAUAUCUCCAUUGCCGUUGUCGACGAACACAUCGUUUCUACUCACUAUGUCUGACGCCACCGGAUUUGGUUCGGGUGGGACGACAAAUCAACUAAUUGUUGGAAAUCAGAUUACAAAUAUCAACUGCAACACUGCAGCUGCGUCACCUCUUUUCGAGUUUACGUUUUCGCCGCCACCCCCACUGAUUCAAUGCAGUCAAUUGACCAUUUCGACCAUUGAUAGUAGUCCAGUCCUGCCCAUUACUAUUGUGCAACUUAUUCCUGGCGGACAACUAGUGGAAUUUAUUUCCGUGGAUAGCUCUUUUACCUUCGCCAUAGAGGUUAACGCAGGGACGGACCUCAUGUAUUUUGUCACCGACUCUACAGGCACGCAAGGUGGUGUCUCUGGGAUCGAGCAGGUAUCAGGGUCGAGUAAUUCCUCGUGCCUGAGCGCCAACUCGCCGUCAUCCACUGCAGGCAUAUCGGCCCCGUCCACUGCAGGCAUAUCGGCCACGUCCACGGUUUCACCGACAUUUAGUUCAAGCAGUUCAAGCAGUUCAAGCAGUCCAAGUCCAACAAGUAGUUCAUCAAGCAGCAAUGUUGCUCUUAUUGCAGGCGCAGCGGGCGGUGGCGGUGGGGCUGUCCUUAUUGCAUCGGUCAUCCUCGGCGUGUGCUUGUGGCGUAAACGGAGAGCGUCUCCCUCUCCGGACGUUCAGUCUUCUACACAAAGUCAUCCACGUCGAAUGCAGCACACAGAUCCAAAAUACGAAGCCAGCUCUUAUAGUGACGUUCCGCCACAAUCCCCUUUCCCUCACAAUACAAAUCCCCUCAGCUACCAUACCCAACCCAUUCAACCCAGCCUGACAACUCAAUCAGACUUGACCAAUUCGUCCACGAGCAACUUCGCAGUUGGCACCCCUGCCUCAUCAUUCAACCGGACACAACAUUCGCGCCAGCACUCCAACACGGACUCUCAAAGUUCGACCAUGUCAUCCGCUUACAACCAAAUGUCUCAACCAAUGUCACCGAAUUAUCCAUUACAAUACCCUGUUGGCUACCUUCCCGUUCAACCCGGCAGCCAAUCGCCCCCUCUUAGUACGUCUACCGGGAACUUUGCAGCUAGCGACCGUCCCACACUGCAUUCACGUCAAAGCUCAAACGCAGACUUUGCUGCGUAUGGAGACGCUCGAAGUUCGGCUACUAUGCCAUCUGUUGACAGACGAAUGAAUACCAUCACUGAAACGCCAUUGCCAUUACCACGGGAGACAGGUCCUGUUAGCUACGUUGGUCCACCUAUUCAAUAUGAAUCCCAACCAAACCCUGUUAAUGCGCCUGCCGCCGACUUGACGGCUAGGGACCUUCCCAAACCUUUCAAUCAGACACAAAAUUCCCGUCAGGGCCCUAACACAGACAACUUAGCUGUGUAUGGAGCAUCUGGUAGUCAGUCUAUGGCGCCGGCUAGCGCGCAAACAGCCGCGACGGCGGCCGGUCAACCAAUCUACCAACCUCCUACUCAAAUCAUUGUGCAUACCGACGCUGAUGAUGUUGUACCAGACGUCAAUGGUUUAGUUGAACUUCCGCCGCAGUAUUCAGAGCAUCGGGGAGUUCAUGCCUUGUAAUUGAGUCUGUGUCAUGAUCUACGUUCCCAUGUUCUUGAGUCUUCGGACAUAGGUAUGCCUGUA